GAAGCUGUUGCCGGCAUCCGGUGUGCAGGCGGACUCAUGGAUCCCGACGGCCGAUGGCGGCACCUACCCAGCGGGCCCAGCCUAAAGCACUUGACCGACCCCUCUUACGGGAUCCCGCGGGAGCAGCAACAGCCAGCGUUGCAGGAGCUGACGCGGGCGCAUGUCGAGUCCUUCAACUACGCUGUGCGCGAGGGGCUCAGCCACGCGGUGCAGGCCAUCCCUCCCUUUGAAUUUGCUUUCAAAGAUGAGCGGAUCUCUCUUACUAUUGUGGAUGCUGUCAUCAGUCCACCCACAGUUCCAAAAGGGAGCAUCUGUAAAGAGCUCAAUGUUUAUCCAGCAGAAUGCCGGGGCCGAAGGAGCACCUACCGGGGAAAGCUGACGGCCGAUAUCAGCUGGGCAGUGAAUGGAAUCUCAAAAGGAAUCAUUAAACAGUUCCUUGGCUAUGUUCCCAUCAUGGUGAAAUCCAAGCUUUGCAACUUAUACAACCUUCCUCCAAAAGCCCUCAUCCAGCACCACGAGGAAGCAGAGGAAAUGGGAGGCUAUUUUAUAAUCAAUGGCAUCGAAAAAGUCAUCCGAAUGUUGAUUAUGCCUCGCAGAAAUUUCCCCAUCGCGAUGGUAAGACCAAAAUGGAAGAGCAGAGGGCCUGGCUAUACUCAGUAUGGAGUUUCGAUGCACUGUGUGAGGGAAGAACAUUCCGCCGUCAAUAUGAACCUUCACUACUUGGAAAAUGGCACGGUUAUGUUGAACUUUAUUUACCGGAAAGAACUGUUUUUUUUUCCUUUGGGAUUUGCACUUAAGGCACUUGUCAGCUUUUCCGAUUAUCAGAUUUUUCAGGAGCUCAUCAAAGGAAAGGAAGAUGACUCUUUCUUUAGGAACUCUGUUUCUCAGAUGUUAAGGAUUGUAAUGGAAGAGGGAUGUUCCACACAAAAACAGGUCCUUAGCUAUCUGGGGGAACGCUUCAGAGUAAAACUCAGUCUUCCUGACUGGUACCCAAAUGAACACGCUGCAGAGUUUCUCUUCAGCCAGUGCAUCUGUAUCCACUUGAAAUCCAACACUGAAAAGUUUUAUGUGCUUUGUCUCAUGACCCGGAAGCUCUUUGCUUUAGCCAAAGGAGAGUGCAUGGAGGAGAAUCCUGACAGUUUAGUGAAUCAAGAGGUCCUGACCCCCGGGCAGCUCUUCCUCAUGUUUCUGAAGGAAAAAUUGGAAGCUUGGUUAGCAUCUAUUAAAAUAGCUGUAGACAAGAAGGCCCAGAAGACCAAUGUGUCCUUAAACACUGAAAAUUUGAUGAAGAUUUUUACUCUGGGAACAGACCUUACAAAACCAUUUGAAUAUCUUCUUGCUACUGGGAAUCUACGUUCUAAAACAGGUCUCGGCUUCCUGCAAGAUUCCGGACUUUGUGUUGUGGCUGACAAGCUGAACUUCAUACGCUAUCUCUCCCAUUUCCGCUGUGUGCACAGAGGGGCAGAUUUUGCCAAGAUGCGGACCACCACAGUACGCAGGCUGCUGCCGGAGUCCUGGGGUUUCCUUUGCCCCGUGCACACCCCCGACGGGGAGCCCUGUGGUCUGAUGAACCACUUAACCACCAUAUGUGAGGUCGUCACACAGUUUGUGUACACAGCAUCUAUCCCAGCUUUGCUCUGCAACUUGGGCGUCACUCCAGUUGAUGGAGCGCCACAUCGGCCAUACAGCGAGUGCUACCCUGUCCUGCUGGACGGUGUCAUGGUUGGCUGGGCGGAUAAGGAGCUUGCUCCUGGCAUUGCCGAUUCUCUCCGACAUUUUAAGGUUUUGAGAGAAAAAAGAAUUCCUCCCUGGAUGGAGGUGGUCCUGGUCCCCAUGACAGGAAAACCAAGUCUGUACCCAGGAUUGUACCUUUUUACCACUCCUUGUAGACUGGUGCGGCCUGUGCAGAACUUGGAAUUGGGCAAAGAAGAACUAAUUGGAACUAUGGAACAGAUCUUCAUGAACGUUGCUGUCUUUGAGGAUGAGGUUUUGGCUGGCGUUACCACCCACCAGGAGCUCUUCCCUCACAGCCUGCUGAGUGUGAUCGCCAACUUCAUCCCUUUCUCUGAUCACAACCAAAGUCCAAGAAACAUGUACCAGUGCCAGAUGGGUAAGCAGACUAUGGGCUUUCCACUCCUCACUUUUCAAGACCGGUCAGAUAAUAAACUGUAUCGUCUUCAGACUCCACAGAGCCCUUUAGUGCGACCAUACAUGUAUGAUUAUUAUGACAUGGAUAACUAUCCGAUUGGGACAAAUGCCAUUGUUGCUGUUAUUUCUUACACUGGCUAUGAUAUGGAAGAUGCCAUGAUUGUGAAUAAGGCCUCUUGGGAACGAGGCUUUGCCCACGGAAGUGUCUACAAGUCCGAGUGUAUAGAUCUGUCUGAAAAAAUCAAACAAGGAGAUGAUAGUCUGGUCUUUGGAGUCAAACCUGGUGACCCACGGAUUCUGCAGAAGUUGGAUGAUGAUGGAUUACCAUUUAUUGGAGCACAACUGCAGUAUGGAGAUCCAUAUUACAGCUACGUAAACCUCAACACCGGGGAAAGCUUUGUGAUGUACUAUAAGAGUAAAGAAAAUUGUAUUGUGGAUAACAUCAAAGUGUGCAGUAAUGACACUGGAAAUGGCAAAUUCAAGUGUGUUUGCAUCACGAUGAGAGUCCCUCGGAACCCAACUAUCGGGGAUAAAUUUGCCAGUCGUCAUGGGCAGAAGGGCAUCUUGAGCAGACUGUGGCCAGUUGAGGACAUGCCAUUCACUGAGAGCGGGAUGGUUCCAGACAUUCUGUUCAAUCCUCACGGUUUUCCAUCCCGCAUGACCAUCGGUAUGUUGAUUGAGAGUAUGGCAGGGAAGUCUGCAGCUUUACAUGGUCUCUGCCAUGAUGCUACGCCCUUCAUCUUCUCAGAGGAGAACUCGGCCCUGGAGUACUUUGGUGAGAUGUUGAAGGCUGCUGGCUACAACUACUAUGGCACUGAGAGGUUGUAUAGUGGCAUCAGUGGGCUAGAGCUGGAUGCAGACAUCUUCAUAGGUGUGGUUUAUUACCAACGCUUACGCCACAUGGUCUCAGACAAAUUCCAAGUUAGGACAACAGGAGCCAGAGACAAAGUCACUAACCAGCCUAUCGGGGGAAGAAACGUCCAGGGUGGAAUCCGUUUUGGGGAGAUGGAGCGGGACGCCCUUUUAGCUCAUGGUACAUCUUUUCUCCUUCACGACCGGCUCUUCAACUGCUCGGAUCGGUCUGUAGCCCACGUGUGUGUGAAGUGUGGUAGUUUGCUCUCCCCGCUGUUGGAGAAGCCACCCCCAUCGUGGUCCACCAUGCGCAACAGGAAGUACAACUGUACUCUGUGUAACCGCAGUGACACCAUCGACACUGUUUCCGUGCCUUACGUCUUUCGGUAUUUUGUAGCUGAACUGGCAGCUAUGAACAUCAAAGUGAAACUGGAUAUCGUUUAACUUGACGCUGGCCUUUUGGGUCAAGAUUGCUAUCAGAUUAAAACAAAAUGUAACUUUAGUUCAUUGAA